AUGACGAUUAUUGAUUCCACCGACGGCCUGGUAGAGACCAGCGCUCGUGAUUGCGAUCAAGACAGCAGCAAGACAGACUUGGACGGGCUUCCUGGCCAGUCCCAAUCACCUAUAGGGCUCAUUGAAAUUUCCAGCACUGAUGAUGAUGACUCACAAUCUGACGAUGCGCUGCCAACGCCACCAGAGUCCGACGAUGCAGCAUCACCCAACCUUGUUCCCUCACAACAAACAGAUCUGAAAUGGCCCACAGAAACAGAAGAACAGGGCAAUCAGGAAGCAGAGCCGGCAAAGGAAAACCAUGAGCCGGAGCUGAAUGCCACUGAUGAGGAAGAGAAUAAGACUCAAAAUGUUGAAGGCGGCGACAACAAUGAAAAUGAGAACAGAGACGGGAAAGAGGAGGAAAAGGAGAAGGCUGAUGAAAAUGAGGGCAUUCGAGAUAGCGACGGACAUGAGGAGCAGGACAGCAAUGAGGAGAAGCAAGAAAAUGUGCAACCUGAUAGCGUUGCAGAAGAGAGCAAGGAGAGCGAAGAGGAGAACAAAGAAAAUGGAGGGGAGAGUAAAAAAAAUGAAGAGGAGAGCAAGGACAACAACACCAACGAAGAGGUUUCAGAGGACACUGCGGCAAAGGAACUGGAAUCUUGGGCUCGCAUCCUCGUCAAGGAUGAAGAUCCCGAAUGCAUGGUGGACGAUUCGCCAUCUCGACUUGAAUGGUUGCGCUUAAAACGAGAAGACAACGAGGAGAAUGUUCAUCUCGAUAAAAUCAUGUCAAUGGUCGGGCAUGAAAAGAUCAAAGCACAUUUUCUUGCCAUGAAGAUGCGCAUGGACAUGGCCAAGCGCUGGAAAGUGGACGUCGAGGAGCCAAAAGCGGACUUGAUUUUAUAUGGUAACGAUGGGACCGGGAAAAGAAGGAUUGCUCAGAUUUACGCGGAGUUUCUCUAUAGCAUAGGCGCUAUUGCGCAUCGCACAUUUGAAAGAAACUCGGGAUACUCUUUAGAAGACAAUGGAAGCAAGGCAACGGUCACAUUCUUCGACCAGGCAGACAAGAUAGAUCGAACAACCGAAGUUCCCGCCAUCCUCGACAUAGUGGAGAAGAGAAGUGAUCCGGUCGUUUUGAUCUUUUCUUUCACAAACUUAUCAGAGGAUUCCAGAAAUGCACUUUACAGCACCUCCAGGUGCCGUAACCGUCUUCCCGAUCCUAUUGUUCUGGAGAACUACAACGAGAACGAGGUGUUUCAGCUUCUCAAACGAAUGGCGAAGACAAGGCCCGAUUUCGAACAUGUGAAGGAGGAGGAAAGAGAUGCAAUCCUUCGCUUCUUGGCCCGGAGAAUCCGACAAGGUAGCGAGGGCUCCAUGUCGAAAAAGUUUGCCAACAUCUAUACUCUGAAGCAGGAACUUGACAAAAUGACUGUCCGAUGGAAACGACGAACGUUGCGGGAAUUGGCAGAGUGGUCCAAGAACUACGCGUCCAUCAAGGGGGGUGAAGUGGACGAAAAGAAGAUUGAAGAGCAGAGGAUGAAGCUGGACGGUGUCACACUGGACGAUGCAAUCGGGCCCAAUCCGCCGGAUGUGAGGAAUGAGAGCAAGGCUUGGAAGACUAUUCAAGGCAUGGUUGGCUUGAAGUCUGUGAAGAAGGAGAUUGAGCAUCUCUUCAACUUAGCCCAGUUCAAUCACAAACGUGAGCGCCAAGGGAAGCCUGGACUCCCCAUUCCUCUCAACCGCUGUUUUCUGGGAGAACCUGGAGUUGGAAAGACAACGGUCGCAAGACUCUUCGCCAGCAUUGUCAAAGAGUUGGGUCUAGUAUCCAAAGGGCAGGUGGUUUUGAAGACCCCCAACGACCUAAUCGGCGAGUAUAUCGGCGAGUCCGAGAAAUACACCAGGGAUGCACUAGAAAAGGCUCAGGGGAAUGUUCUCAUCAUCGAUGAUGCACACAUGCUGUACAGAAGCAGUGGGCAUGGAACAAAUAACUCAGAUCAAUACCGCGUUGGUAUUAUUGAUACACUGGUGGCCAACAUUACCCCUGGAGAGGACAGAUGUGUCAUUCUCUGCGGAUAUCCUCAACAAAUGGAAGAGAUGAUUCUCAACAGCAAUCCUGGACUGCAGAGACGCUUCCCCAUGGAGAAUGCACUUCGGUUCCACAACUACAACGACGAUGAGCUCUGCCAGAUCCUUGAUCUAAAGCUGGCUCAGGAUCAAGUGGUAGCCUCCGAUCAUGCGCUCAAGGUGGCCCGUCAAGUAUUGAGCCGGAACAGAACGAGACCGCGCUUUGGUAACGGAGGCGACGUAGAAAACCUGGUUUGUCGAGCUAGGCUCCGACAAGUUGAACGGCUACGUGCAUUGAACGAGAAUUACAUGUUCGAAAUGCAGGAAGAUCCACUGGGACCAGAAGACUUCGACCCUGAUUAUGACAGGUCUACGCAUGCUGAUAAGAACCGUGCUGAUGUGUUCCGAGGCAUGGUCGGAUUUGAAGAGAUUGUGAAGAAAUUCCGAGGGUACCAAAAGAUGGCAGAUGGGAUGCAGCUUUUUGGCGUUGAUCCAAGGCCACACAUCCCUUGGGCUUUUGUUUUCAAAGGACCCCCGGGAACUGGCAAAACAACGACAGCUAGAAAGGUUGGCAAGCUCUUCUAUGACAUGGGCUUCCUAUCCGCUGAUGAAGUCAUUGUCUGCUCGGUUUCCGACCUCAUUGGAGAGUAUUCAGGCCAGACUGGGCCUAAAGUGCUGGCUCAGUUUGAGCAAGGCCUCGGCAAGGUCCUGUUCAUCGAUGAAGCCUACCGUCUCCAGGGAGGCUGCAGCUCGUUCCACAACGAGGCAAUCGGAGAGCUUGUCGACAUAAUGACAAAGCCACGUUAUGUAGGAAACAUGGUUGUCAUCCUGGCCGGAUACGGAGAUGACAUGGAGAAGCUUCUGGCGUCUAACCAGGGACUUCGGAGCCGAUUCCCUACGCACAUUGUUUUCCCACAUAUGACGCCUGGGCACUGCUUGCAACACCUCAUACACACGCUUUCUAAACUCAACAUCACAUUUUGUGAUGACAAUCUUGAAGACAGUACGAGCGUUAAGGGAGACAUCAUCGCUGAAGCGUUCAGGCAACUGAUACGUACCAAGGGAUGGGCAAACGGCCGUGAUGUGGAAACUAUUGCCAAGAAUAUCAUUGGAUUUGUUUUCAUGAAGGCAGCUGAAGAGAAGGCUUCCGGAAAACCAAGCCUGAAAGUUUCCUUUCCAGAUCUGGUGCGGUUCUUGUUGGAGAUGUUGAGAGAACGAAAUAACAUCAAGGGGGGCAGUCCUGACCCACCAGCACUGAAGGAUUUAGCUCGGAGGGCUGGUUUGAUCUAUCAUUGA